GCUCGAGCUUCUUGAUGAACAUGGUAUGGCGGGGCUCUAUGACUUCGUGUAUUUGCCUUGCGAUUUCUACCGUGAUGCCAACCUCGGCUAUGCUUUCGUAAACUUGGUGGACCGACGAGCGGUCGACCUUGUUUGGAAGGCCUUGGAUGGCUUCUCCGAGUGGCGCCUUCCCACCGCCAAGGUCUGCCAAGUUCGGUGGAGCGGCCCCCAUCAGGGAUUCAAGGCCCACGUGGAGCGUUAUCGGAAUAGUCCGGUAAUGCACAGAGCGGUCCCGGACCUCUACAAGCCCGUCAUCUUCAAGGACGGCGUGCGCAAACCGUUCCCACGCCCCACGAA